CAUGCGCUUUCGGAAAAUAGGGUUAAGUGAUACGAUUUCAUUUGAGUUUCACUAAUCACGAUAAUAAAUAACACUCUUCUUACUAUUUUAUGAAAGUAUCUUUACUUAAAAAAUGAACCCUAAAUGUCAAUGCUCCACCGCCUGUGCCCUAAUUUUACCCUUUCACUUCGAUUUUAAAAACCAACAUUUCUAGUUCUAAUUAAUAAAAUACCAGGUGUUCAGUCAAAAAAAAAAACCAACAUUUCUGCCUUGAGAUGAAUGAUAUUUUUUUUUUGUUUCCUGUUAACACAAAACUUGAAACAAAUAGCUACACUAAAGAAGCCAAAGUUAUCCAAAAUGUCCAUUAUGUCCUUAAGAAAUUCGUCAUUGUUAUUUCUCAAAGGUAAUUUGUAACAACUAAAACUGCCAUAUUGAAAAAUAUACAAAGGAGGGAAAUAAUUUCGAAUUUUGGAAUAAAACUAAACAAAUAAUUCCAUUCACAAGGAGAAAAGGAAACAAAACCCUAAAAGAAAAUCAAAAUGGUAGAGAAUGUAAUGAAAAAUAAAAUAAAAUUAAAAGGCAAAAAAUUUGAUGCCAGCCAAGCCAGGGGCAGGGCGCAGGGCUUUAAAUAGCCGAAAGCCAAACCAAAGCGAUUCAAUUCAACCAUUCAGCCGUGAGAGAGAGAGCUGGUAGACGCUUUUUCUCCCUUCCUCAGUUCUUUUCCGCGGCUUUGUCUCCUUUCCCUUGCUCUCUCUCUCUGCCACCCUAAUCUAGGGUUUUAGGGAGACGGCCACUUCAGCCUCCUCCAAGCUUUCUCACUACUGUUGCUUUUCGAGCUUCCUUCUGAAACACCAUGGGCAGCGACAAGGCUAACUUCAACAUGGCCGAUCUUAGCGCAGCUUUGAACGAAGGGGAUCGUGCUGGGCUUGUUAACGCACUCAAGAAUAAGCUGCAAAAUUUGGCUGGUCAGCACACUGAUAUGAUCGAGGCCUUGCCUCCCACAAUACGUGAGCGUGUGGAGCGUCUCAGGGAAAUUCAGAGCCAACAUGAUGAGCUGGAAGCAAAGUUUUUUGAGGAGAGGGCGGCCCUGGAAGCCAAGUACCAGAAGCUGUACCAACCGUUUUACUCCCAGCGGUAUGGGCUUGUCAAUGGUGUGGCCGAAGGUGAGGAAGUUCCGAAGAAGGAAGUUUCAGCAGAGGGGGAUAAGAAUGAGGCAGUUGAAGUGAAAGGUGUCCCAGACUUUUGGCUCCUGGCCAUGAAGAAUAAUGAAAUUUUGACUGAGGAGAUAACUGAGAGGGAUGAAGGAGCUUUGAAGUAUUUGAAAGAUAUCAAAUGGUGCAGAGUUGAGGAGCCGAAAGGGUUCAAGCUUGAGUUUUUCUUUGAUACCAAUCCUUACUUCAAGAACUCUGUCCUAACCAAGACAUAUCACAUGAUUGACGAGGAUGAGCCAAUCCUGGAGAAAGCUAUUGGGACUGAAAUCGAAUGGUAUCCAGGGAAGUGCUUGACCCAAAAGCUCCUUAAGAAGAAGCCAAAGAAGGGGUCCAAGAGUGCUAAGCCCAUAACCAAAACUGAGGACUGUGAAAGCUUUUUCAACUUCUUCAGUCCUCCAGAAGUCCCUGAGGACGAUGAGGAGAUUGAUGAAGAUACUGCUGAAGAGCUUCAGAAUCAGAUGGAACAAGACUAUGACAUUGGGUCUACCAUCCGGGACAAGAUUAUCCCCCAUGCUGUGUCAUGGUACACAGGGGAGGCUAUACCGGCUGAUGAUGAUGAGCUUGAUCUGGAUGACGAUGACGACGAUGACAUUGAUGAAGAUGAUGACGAAGAUGAAGAUGAUGACGAGGAUGAUGAGGAUGAAGAAGAUGAAGACGAGGGAAAGCCUAAGAAGGGCUCUGCUGGUGGAAAGAAGAGUGGUGGAAGCAAGACACAAGCCGCGGAUGGCCAGCAGCAGGGAGAGCGGCCUCCAGAGUGCAAGCAGCAGUAAGAGGGGGGCAUUUGCAGUAGCAAGCCUCCUUAAGAGUUUUGGAUUGUGGAAAGAAGAUGAUGAUGAUUCGCCUUUGUUUUUAUUGGGCUGGGUGGGAAAGAGAUGGAACUCAGAGGGUCGUGGAUGUUUUCGGGGGUGGUUCUUUAUAUUCAUUGUUUUUCUGGUUUCGUUUUUCUUAAGUUGCAUGCAAGUCAGUUUGGUGAAGAAGGGAAAGAUUGAUUUAGGGGUGUAGUAGUAGUAGUCCAGAGUCCAGAUACAGAGAUUGAUUUCCUUGAUUUUGCUCUUUGUUAUUCUCGUGUAAUCCAUGGCCGGCAGGGUUUUAUCUUUAAUGGGAAUGUGUCUCCAUUGGGUUUGUCUAUGCUACUCUUUCCUUAAACCAAUCAAAUUCAUAUGGAAUUUCUUUUGUCGAGGCAUGAAUGGCGCUUUUGAGGUGGGACUGGAAAUGACUUCAUUGCUUUCCUUCCUUGCUUUGGUUUCCUUGUUUGAUCACAGCUUCAAUCCAAUUGACUAUUGAAAUUUCAAAGUCCAUUACUUUGUCUUCUUCACAAGUAUUUUGUUUUCAGUUUCACACUAAGGUGUCAUGAUACUACUUCAUAGGAAGAUACAUAGUUAAAACUUAAAAGUUUGGAUUUGAAAAUUGGAAGUUUUAAGUUUGGAUUUGAAAAUUGAAAGUUUUGGCCAUUGAAUUUGGAAAGGAAAAUUUUGAUAAAAUUCUUGAAUUUGAAAAAGAAAAUAAAGAUUUACAAUUAGGGAUGGCAAUGGGUCGGGUUUGAGGCGGGUUUGUCUAAACCAUCCCCAUCCCCAUCUUCAAAUAUCCAAACCCAUACCCGCCCCAUACCCAUGCGGGGGAAUAUUUGGCAAACCCAUCCCCAUACCCGUGGGUUUCGGGUACCCAUGGGUAAUAUCCGUACCCGUACAUCCAAGAUUAUUAUCCUAAAAUUUACAAGAAAAGUGUUAACUACAACUCUAAACGUACCUAUUAUAUCACGAAUUCAACAAAACACGAUCAUUUUCUUAAUACGGUUCAAAGAAUAUGAUUCUAAAACAUUCGUUAAUACAUAAUAUAGAGUAUAAUAUUUUUCAAAUUAUUAUGUUCUAACUCUGAUACAUCUACUAAGAAAUAAUUAACUAACAUAAUCCUGUUGACAAUGGGGGAAAGUGAAAGAGUGAAAGGAAAAUUGAGGGAAAUGAAUUAGAUUUUGAUUAAGGUGGUCACUCAAUUGCAUUUCUAUUAUUUAUUUCCUCGAGUUAUCCUCAUCAUCAUUGAUAGAUUACAAUUUGAUCUACAUAUUUUUGUAUAUGUGAAGAAAUUCUCUUGGUGGGGCGGAUAUGGGUAUGGGUAUGGGGCGGGGGAGGCUAAAACCAUACCCGCCCCAUACCCAUCAAACUUUUUGCGGGUUUUACCCAUACCCGCCCCAUACCCGGUCAAAGCGGGGAUUACCCGCGUUGACUGGGUCGGGGGCGGUCGGAUACCCGCGGUCAUGGGUUUGAUUGCUAUCCCUAUUUACAAUGGACUUGGCCCUUGGGUUAUGAUGAAUUUUAAAAUUUGUUUGGUGGAUUUGAUGAUGUAUAUUAUUAUACUGGACUUAUGAUUAUAGUAUUUAAAACACCUUGUUUACCCCAAAAGUUGUUUUAGUUCAAUAUAUAAGCGUUUACUUAUUAGCUGUCCUUCAUUUCUCAUCUAGGUCUAUUUCUCAAACCUUCAGCGAAUGCUCCAUCUCUCAAAAUCAAUCUUCAAAGAAAAUCGAUUUUGUAGGCUGAGUGAAUUGGGUCUCCAUGAAAAUUAAAACCAAGAGAAAGCAACCAUCAGUUGGUAAGUUAAACCCCCAACCUAUAAAGGGAAUAUAAUAUU